ACGGCCAACUGCUUCCCUCCACGGUCCAGUAAUCCACGCCGUCUCGUCUCCAACACCCAACCUUUGCAAUGGUCAAGACCAGAGCGGCGGCGACUCCCCGCCCCUCCGGCGGCGGCGGCGGCGCAGGCGCAGCGGACAUCACCGCCGGUAAGAUCUCCUUCCGCUCCCGCAAGAUCGUCAAGAGCACACCCGCCAAAGGGAAAUCCGUCGCCACAACAACAACAGCCGUACUAUCGCCACCGCCGCUGUCCUCGCCGGGGGAGCUCGCGGCGGCGCUCUCGCACCUCCGCACCGCGGACCCGCUCCUCUCCGAGGUCAUCUCCUCCACCGGCGCCCCGGCCUUCAUCUCGUCCCCUUCCCGCCCCGCCUUCCACUCCCUCGCGCACUCCAUCCUCCACCAGCAGCUCGCUCCCUCCGCCGCCGCCGCCAUCUACGCUCGCUUCCUCGCGCUCAUCCCCGCCGCCGCUGAUCCCGAUGCCGCGGUGGUCAACCCCGCUGCGGUGCUCGCCCUCUCCGCCGCCGACCUCCGCGCCAUCGGCGUCUCCGCCCGCAAGGCGGCCUACCUCCACGACCUCGCCGGCAGGUUCGCGGCCGGGGAGCUCUCGGAGUCCGCCGUGGCCGCAAUGGACGAGGCGGCGCUCCUCGCGGAGCUCACCAAGGUGAAGGGCGUCGGCGAGUGGACGGUCCACAUGUUCAUGAUCUUCUCGCUGCACCGCCCCGAUGUGCUGCCAUCCGGCGACCUCGGCGUGCGCAAGGGCGUGCAGGAGCUGUACGGGCUGCCGGCGCUGCCGAAGCCGGAGGAGAUGGCGGCGCUGUGUGAGCGGUGGAGGCCGUACCGGUCGGUGGGCGCGUGGUACAUGUGGCGCCUCAUGGAGAGCAAGGGCGCCGCGGCCAAGAAGGCGAAGAGCAAUGCCAUUGCCACUUUGCCAUCGAGUUGCUAGCUCAGGUUUGGUUGAGAGGUGGCAUGCAUGGUUUUUUUUUUUUUUUUUUUUUACCUCAGGUCCAGUAUCCCUGCGUCUUGUACUUGGGGAACUGCACUCGCCCGGACUCGAUCGUCUUGACGUCAUCGGUGAGGUCUUCGUAGUGGCAGCGGAUCUCCUCAGCGGACUUGAUGCCUCCCAUGGCGCUGGCCACCUUGUCCCACCGGUUGGGCGUGUCCUCGCCGUAGUAGGCGAGCGCCUCCUCGAACAUCUUGUUCUCCUUCCUGCUCCACUCAGACUUCGAGUUGGGGGAGGAGCUCCGGGACCCAGACAUCUUCAAGAGUGGCCUUGAAGCUCUGGUGGUUUGUGCUUUCAGUGUUGCAAGGUCGGCUAUUUAUAGGGCCUGGGGCCUUGGGUGCUGUUGUGUGUAUGAGCUGUAAGCUGUAUGGAAUAAUGGCUGUGCAUUAAAGGUGGCCGAGGAGAAUAAGGUUCGCAGAUUUUGGAGCAAAGGGACACAGACAGCGUGUGAUGGAAAAUGCCAAUUACAGCAGUUGAUAGUAUUGGCUGUGUUCUAUAGCAGCCUAAUCUCCCGGCAAAAAAAAUAGCAGCCUAAUCGAUCGAGACUAUGGUGCAUGAUGCCUAACAUGGUAACUUUGAUGAGCUUCUGGUAAAGAUUACAUCUUGAUGUUAGUGUGGCUCAUGGCUGCACAUUGGCAUGCCUGAACAUUGAAAAUUUUUGUGGUGAACUUUCUGGUGCUGAAGAUAGAAGUUAAAUAUUCUGGAGCUGCAGUAUAUGUGUCACUCAGCUGAGAAGGAGCUGACCUGGCAUGUAGCUGGGCAUCCCGAUGUCUCAAUCCUUAUACUGACAAACGCCGAUCGUUUUUGUUUUUUGCAUGCAGCUGCUUCUCUCGGAUCCAUGCGCCGAGCGUUCCAGUCAUCGAGGCAUCAUGCUGCAUGCAGAGCUAACAACUGUUCAUCACUACUAUGCACGCAUGGCAUGGAGUGCAUCUUUCGACAGCAACACAGCACUUGGAUGUGCCAUUUUGUCAUAGUAUCCCCCAAGCAUUAGCAUGGUGAAAUUGCCUCAUGUUCUUUACACUUUCUGAGAAGAAGACAAAGCAAUAUCUUGUGCUGAGCACGCGCAGGCGCGUUUGCAUUCAAUGGAAGUUUUGUCCUGUGUUUGCUCGAACUGGAGCACUGAAGCAACGGUGAAGCUAAAAACAGCAUCAGAAAGAGGCAGAGAAAAGAAAGGGGGUAACAUCAAAGUGAUCAGAUCUAAAGGAUAGUAACAUCAAGGUAAAGCGCCAACGAAUCUAUGGAUCCAUCAAGAUUUUAUCACGUAGCUGUUUUGUCAUCCUGCAGAGAUCGCACAGUCAUCCGGAUACAUGCGUCUUUGCCAUGAAUUCCUUCCUGCUUAGCAAGCAGCUGGCCUUGCUCUCCAAGUAUAAGCUUAUGAAGCCUUCAGUGAUCUUGUAUAUCUUGCUUUGUCUCCCCUCUAAGUAGCAGCUUGCCUACCAAGCUAGUCUAAUUCCAGUGUUUAACUUCUGUUUUAUGCACACUGACAGCUUGGUUUGCAAACAAUUUAGCCUAACCUUUUGUGCAGCUGAAGUUGUUUUUGUCUGGGCUACAGGCAUGGCCCAUGCAUGCAUGAAAGAUCGGAAGAAUAUGUGCCAAAGCAAAGGCUUUCUUGAGCAUCACCCCUGGACCUAGUAGUUGCCAUUAUCAGUCUAUUACCUGUAGGCUGUUGCCAUGGCCUUGGAAGGAAGAGGGGGGGACUACAGUACUACAUCUGCAUAUGUUCUAUGGUCCAUAAUUCUGGCGUGGCAGCAUGGAAUCCAUGGAUGCUGCUGACAUCACGAAUGAAAGCAUCUCUGUGAAUGGUGAUGUGUCAGCCAUCAGCCUGACAUGGUGCAGUGCAGGUUCGAUCGAUGCAUGAGAGCAGAGGCUGCAGAUGCAGAGCAGUGAGCUUGUAACGUGUGAGCAUCAACCAAUAGGCUGUGCCUGUGCCCUGCAAGGUGCGCCGAAGGUGUGCUUCUUCAGAAUUCAGAACUGCAAAGGUGCGCAAACCGAACCCAUUAUUCAGUGUUCUUUUUUUUCUUUGAAAGAUCUAUGAUCCUGUUAUUCCAAUCCUUGAUAUGAUAGGCUGAUAGCCUAUAAAUCCAGUGGUGGAUCCAGAAAAAAUUAGAGCCCGGACAUACCUAACUAUAGCUAAUAUUUGCUGUGGAAAUGGUAUCCCAAUCCUUGAAAAACAUGCAAAAAAUUCAGUAGAACAUUCGCUGACGAGGCUGGGCAGCCGCCCAUGGUGGCUAGGCGGUGAAUCUGCUGGUGUAUGAAUCCACCUCACAAAUCUCUCUCAACAUGGUGCCGAAUUUCUAAUUGUGGUUCAGAAGGUAUUAGAAACAAUUGCUCAUGCAUGCACUGUUUGGAUAUGUAAUUCGUUGGAGAAUAGCAGGAUGUGGGCUAAGAACAUCCAUUCUUUACAAUGGACGCGUUUUGCGCGAUCCCAGCCAGCCAUCCACUUUACUGCUACUAUCCAAAGAACAUAUUCCAAAGGAAGAUAAGCAGCCAGUGAAGUGGAAAAUACCCUUUGGGGACCCAAAGAAUAUAUAUCUAUGUGUGUAUCUUUUCCAUCUCCAAUGACUCUGGAAAGUGAAUUUGACGACAUGCCAUCUUGUUCCUGGCUUGCCGUUUGCUCAUAGGGUCAUGGAAUUUGCAUCGUAUUUCUGUAUUUUUUUUUCUUUUCCCCCUGUUUAUGAAGAUCUGAUUUGGGCCUGAUUGACCUUUCCAAAGGCCUGGCAUGGCAUUUCUCGUGAUGAACUGUGUCGUGUAGGAUCCUGGUCCAUCGGAUGCAAAUGGCCAUUGGAGAGCAGCAAGUGCUUGCAAGCAGCAUCUUUGAUUCCUUCCUGCAGCAUGGACCAGGCCACCGGAGAUCUCUCUCUGGGAAUCAUAUCUGCAUAAAGCCAUCGGAAAGAUGCAGGAUUCCCUCUGAUAUUUUGAACCAUCCGAGCAAAUGCUUUCUGGGAGAUGCUGGCUAGUGAAUUGACAUGCUGUGCAAAGCUUUUCUCAUGCAUUCUGGAAGGAUUUCUGCUGAUUUUGGAUUUGCAGCCUGAGUUCUCGUUUGCUUUUCAUGUUGGUCCAAAGUCCAAACUGUGCUUAUCAUUGUCAAUCUGUCACGCAUGAGGGUUGAAAUAAUUCAACUGAUCUAGUUUUUUCUUUUAAAAAGAAAAAGAACAAACAUUUCAAUUGGGAAAUUGUUUAUUAGCAUCAAGCAGAAUUGCAGAUUCUGGAUUGACUACAGUAUUGCCUUCAGAUGAAAAGGGACAGAAAAGAAGGCAUAUCUGCGCAGAUUACAUUAUCCUGUACCGUCUGCUUUUGAUCUACAGAGAUGUUUGGUUCUUGGAA